ACACUAGUCACGUUCUGCACCAGCCGUCACUACCACACAUCCUACUUUGUUGAUAUGUUCACAACGAUAGCUACUGCUGGACGGAGAUUUGCAUUUGUUUUGGCCAUAAAAGUUCGUAUUUUUUAUCAAGUGUUUGUAUUUCCUGCGGCAAUCGAAUAAGAAUGUAGUGUAGUUUGAUAAAUCAGUGCUUUAAUCAGCUGUGUCAAGUGGCAGAUAAGCUUUUUGAACGACUGGUCGCCAGAUAUGUACGAGGAUCGUUCAGCAUGGAAGUGUUAACAAUCUAGCGUAAUCGUGACAGCCCCUUCACCCCGCUAUGGAAGGUGAUCCCAAUCUGAAAUCGGAACAUGCAGAGAUACGUUCUUUUGUGCUAUUCAAAAAUUAUACGGAACGAACGGUGGACAUCUACUGGGUGAAUUACUCCUCCAAGUUCAUUCACUACUCGGCGCUAGCUCCGACUGCCCAGGUGCCGGUCAACACCUACGUGACCCAUCCAUGGGUAUUCAUCGACAGGUUGACCGGCGAACGGAUGCUGGUCAACGGUAAACCCGUCUACUACCCGGAACCGUGGUACACGAAUAUUGACGCCAACGGAAAGCUGAACCGAAUUGAAGUUCGAAUACAUUAUCCUCUGAGAAGCUUGAAGGGCAUCUGCACGUGGAAGGUGUUUUCUUUGAUGCAGCAGAAGCACAACUUUCUCGAACUGGAUAUUCCAAAGACUCUGGUCGCCGAUCUGAGAUCAUGCUAUAAUCUCUUUCUAAUGAGCAGUAAAUUAGCAAAGUAAGGGACAAGUGAUUUUGUGUUAGUUAUAGGUUUAAAUAGGUCAACUUUUUGGGACAAUAUUCCAGAAAUAUUUAUUCACUGGACGAGCAACUGAAGGACAAUGUUCUUUAAAUGAAAUAAACUGUGUGAAAAAAAAAUCAGACUAGA